AUGAGUGAAACAAAGGUAUGUUAAUGCUGGUAUGUAAUUGACUUAUAUUUGAGCUUGGAAGAGGUUUUGGCUACUAAUUAUUUGCUUCAUUCCCUCUAUUGCGAGCGCAACAUUAUAAAAUGCGAAAUCUGUGAUCAAAGAAUAGAUUUGAAUGAGAAGAAUACUCAUAUGGAGUCACACUAGAAAGUAUGAUUGAGUAGAUGAUUAGACUGAAUGCUCUUAUUGUUCAUAAAUGUUUGAAAAGAGUCUAUUGGAGAUGCAUAAGAAGAAUUGUCCCAAUAAGCCAGAGAAGUGUGGAUUUUGCGAUUUGAUGAUAAAUCUGAGUGAGAUGCCAAGACAUUAAGCAAAGUGUGGUUCUAGAACGGAAUAAUGUUAAAUUUGCAAAAAACAUAUACAAAAAAGAGGUAAUCAUAAAACUUGACUUUGUAGAGUUCAACUUGCAUGCAAGUGUUUGUGGAGAAGGAGAUGAAAAGGAAACUUCAAAGCGAAAUCGAUUAAAAAGGAUUACAAUUGAGUCUGGAUCUGAUGGAUCAGUAUAGGAAGUAAAGCAGGUACCAAAGAGAAAACCACAGAAAUAGAUUAAAUAACAAUCGAAAUAAAAGGAGUAAAUAUUGACAGAAUAUAAUGACGAUGACGAUUAGGAUUUCUAAAAGGCUUUGUAAAUGAGUCUGAAUUAAAAAUGAAUUAAUAAAACUCAAGUUUGUGUAUACGUUUUAGAGCAAUAAGAGAACAUCGGCAUUUAUCUCAUCCCAUUCAUCGAACUCCAAAAGCAUAAUAAUGGCGAAGUUCCAGCAUACCCAGAUUCUUUUCUUUCUCUUCAGUGAAACAAUUUCCAAAAUUGCCUGAAA